AUGCACACCCUUUUUCCAAGUGAUUGGACGUGUUUUGUUUCUUUAAUCUACUUCAGUUCCUUUCUUUCUUUCUUUUGCACAUCUGAUUCCUCCUUUAAUUAUAUUUUUUUCUUUUGCACAUCUACAGCCUUCCUUUCUUUUUUUCUUCCUUUUUGCACAAAUGCCUUAUUUUUUAGACCUUCUUUCUUUCUUUUUCUUUCUUCUAGUCUCCUUCUUUAUAGUCUCUUUGGUCCUCCUCUUCUUUCUUUCUUUCUUCUUACCUUCGAUUUAUUUACAUCUCUCAUAUACAUACAUUUUCUUUUUUCUUUCUUUCUUUCUUUUUCUUUCUUUCUUUCUUUUGCACAUCUGAUUCCUCCUUUAAUUUCUUUCUUUCUUUUGCACAUCUACAGCCUUCCUUUCUUUUUUCUUCCUUUUUGCACAAAUGCCUUAUUUUUAUACUUUCUUUCUUUUGCACAUCUAAAUUCUCCCUUCCUUCUUUUCUUCCUUUCUACACAAAUGCCUUAUUUUUAUACUUUCUUUGUUUUAUUAUUCUCACUUUCUCAUAUCUGCCUUAUUUCAUUCUUUAAUUCUUUUAUUCAUCAGACUUUCUUUUCCUUUCUUUCAUUAACACAAAAACCUCCCUUCCUUCUAGUGGCGAUAUCUAUCUAUCUAUCUAUCUAUCUAUCUAUCUAUCUAUCUCUAUAUAUAUAUGUUUGA